AUGGUUCCUGGCUUCAUGGAAUUUAGUCUGGGAGUAUUGGUAGAGGAUUACAAAAUGGUGAGAGCUGAGGAUCCCCAGAACUGUGGGCUGAAGACUGGAGAAAUUAGAGACGUCAGAAAAGGAGGUGGAACAGCUAGGAGGGCACCAGAAUAUUCUGGAGCUCUUCCUAAUUUCUCUACUUCAUUUGCUGCUUUGCUAAGAAUUAAAAAGAGUUCAUCUUCAUCCCUCUUUGGUUCAAAGAACAGACCACGAUAUAGCAAUCCUUCCUUAGGAACACUAAGUGUUUCUUCACCAAGCUGGCGAGGUGCAGCUCAACAUUAUUAUUCCCCUAUCAAUCUUUAUCAUUCCUCAGAUGCCUUCAAACAAGAUGAAAGUGUGGACUAUGGACCAGUGUUUGUACAAGAACCAGACGAUAUAAUUUUUCCGACUGAUUCUGAAGAAAAGAAAGUAGCACUGAACUGUGAAGCUCAUAGCAAUCCAGUUCCCAAUUACAGAUGGCUUCGGAAUGGAACAGAAAUAGAUUUGGAAAGUGAUUAUCGCUACAGCUUGAUAGAUGGGACCUUCAUUAUAAGCAAUCCAAGUGAAGCAAAGGAUUCUGGUCAUUACCAGUGUUUAGCAGUCAACACUCUUGGAAGUAUUCUUAGUAGAGAAGCCAUACUUCAAUUUGCCUAUCUGGGAAAUUUUAGUGGACGGACAAGAAGUGCAGUCUCUGUGAGGGAAGGCCAGGGGGUUGUUUUGAUCUGCUCUCCUCCGCCUCAUUCACCAGAGAUCAUCUAUAGCUGGGUAUUUAACGAGUUCCCUUCCUUUGUGGUGGAGGACAGCCGACGGUUCAUUUCCCAGGAGACAGGCAACCUUUAUAUUUCUAAAGUCCAAACAUCAGAUGUUGGCAGCUAUAUUUGCCUGGUGAAAAACACAGUGACAAACGCUCGAGUACUUAGUCCUCCAACACCACUCACUCUACGCAAUGAUGGUGUGAUGGGAGAGUAUGAGCCGAAAAUCGAGGUCCAUUUUCCUUUCACGGUUACAGCUGCUAAGGGAACAACUGUUAAGAUGGAAUGCUUUGCACUUGGCAACCCAGUUCCAACAAUCACAUGGAUGAAGGUUAAUGGUUAUAUUCCUAGUAAGGCACGUCUGCGGAAAUCUCAGGCAGUGCUGGAAAUCCCGAACGUGCAACUGGAUGAUGCAGGCCUGUAUGAGUGCAGAGCUGAAAACUCACGUGGAAAAAAUUCCUUUCGUGGACAAUUACAAGUAUACACUUAUCCACACUGGGUGGAAAAACUGAAUGACACUCAGUUGGACAGUGGGAGCCCUCUUCAGUGGGAAUGUAAAGCUACUGGAAAACCCCGACCCACAUACCGUUGGCUAAAGAAUGGAGUGCCUCUCCUGCCUCAGAAUAGGAUUGAGAUGGUUAAUGGAGUAUUGAUGAUCCACAAUGUGAAUCAAUCAGAUGCUGGAAUGUAUCAGUGUUUGGCCGAGAAUAAAUAUGGAGCCAUUUAUGCCAGUGCUGAGCUGAAGAUUCUAGCUUCAGCUCCUACUUUUGCACUGAAUCAACUGAAGAAAACAAUAAUUGUUACCAAAGGCCAAGAAGUCGUCAUAGAGUGCAAACCUCAAGGCUCUCCAAAACCAACCAUCUCUUGGAAGAAGGGAGAUAAAGCAGUGAGAGAGAAUAAAAGAAUAGCUAAUCUUCCGGACGGAAGUCUACGGAUCCUAAAUGCUUCUAAAUCAGAUGAGGGAAAGUACGUUUGCCAAGGGGAAAAUGUCUUUGGUUCUUCUGAAAUCAUAGCUUCAGUAUAUGUAAAAGAACCUACAAGAAUAGAACUUACUCCUAAAAGAACAGAGUUAACAGUGGGAGAAAGCAUUGUCCUUAAUUGCAAAGCAAUUCAUGAUGCUAGUUUGGAUAUCACUUUCUACUGGACACUAAAAGGACAGCCUAUUGAUUUCGAGAAAGAAGGUGGACAUUUUGAAAGCAUCAGGGCCCAAGCAUCCUCUGCAGAUUUAAUGAUCAGGAACAUCCUUCUGAUGCAUGCUGGGAGAUAUGGCUGCAGGGUACAGACCACAGCAGACAGUGUGUCAGAUGAGGCAGAGCUUCUUGUUAGGGGUCCCCCAGGCCCACCAGGGGUAGUGAUUGUUGAGGAAAUCACCGAAAGCACAGCCACACUCUCCUGGAGUCCUGCAGCUGACAACCACAGCCCAAUCUCCUCCUACAACCUGCAGGCUCGCAGCCCAUUCUCCCUGGGCUGGCAAACAGUAAAAACAAUCCCAGAAAUUAUAACAGGGGACCUAGAGUCAGCCAUGGCAGUGGACCUUAACCCCUGGGUGGAAUAUGAAUUUAGAGUGGUGGCCACCAAUCCAAUUGGGACUGGAGAUCCAAGCACCCCAUCUCGAAUGAUCCGCACAAAUGAAGCAGUUCCAAAGACAGCACCUACCAAUGUAAGUGGAAGAAGUGGAAGAAGGCAUGAGUUAGUCAUAGCCUGGGAGCCAGUAUCUGAGGAGUUUCAGAAUGGGGAGGGCUUUGGCUAUAUUGUGGCUUUCAGGCCUAAUGGAACACGUGGCUGGAAGGAAAAAAUGGUGACAUCCUCUGAAGCUUCAAAAUUCAUUUACCGAGAUGAAAGUGUUCCUCCUCUUACUCCCUUUGAAGUGAAGGUUGGCGUUUAUAACAAUAAAGGAGAUGGACCUUUCAGUCAGAUUGUGGUUAUCUGCUCAGCUGAAGGAGAACCCAGUGCUGCUCCCACAGAUGUCAAGGCUACAAGUGUGUCUGUGUCAGAGAUUCUUGUUGCAUGGAAACAUAUUAAAGAGAGUCUAGGAAGACCACAGGGAUUUGAGGUUGGUUAUUGGAAAGACAUGGAACAAGAAGAUGCAGCAGAAACAGUCAAAACUAGAGCGAAUGAGUCAUCUGUCAUUCUGACAGGAUUAGAAGGAAAUACUUUGUACCACUUCACAGUGAGAGCUUAUAAUGGAGCUGGAUAUGGGCCACCUAGCCCUGAAGUGCGUGCAACCACCAAGAAAUCUCCCCCUAGUCAAGCACCCAGCAACCUCAGGUGGGAACAGCAAGGCUCCCAGCUUUCUCUGGGCUGGGAACCAGUCAGACCAUUAACCAAUGAAUCUGAUGUCAUGGGCUACAAGGUUUUUUAUAGACAAGAGGGGCACAGCAACAGUCAAGUUAUUGAAACACAGAAACCUCAAGCAAUAGUACCACUCCCCGAUGCUGGAGUCUAUGUUAUUGAAGUUCGAGCAUACAGUGAAGGAGGGGAUGGGACAGCUAGUUCCCAAAUCAGAGUACCAUCCUAUUCAGGUGGAAAAAUCACUAGUGCCCAGUCGACCCUCCACACAGUCUCUCCAUCUUCAUUAUCAAUAACAUUGCUCUUGGCAUUGGUGAUUCCCUCAACCUCUUGGUGA